UGUAUCGUCAGGAGCCUGUGUCGUACCUCGGAGGACCAUGAGCCGCAAGUGUGCCCUCAAGCACGGCAUCUUCAAGGAGUUCCUGGCCGAGCUGCUGGGGACGUUCGUCCUGGUGUUGUUUGGCUGUGGUUCCGUGGCCCAGACGGUUCUAAGCAGGAACACGCUGGGCGAGAGCCUCACCAUCCACAUCGGCUUCACCACGGGCCUCAUCAUGGGGGUGUACGUGUCUGGAGGAGUAUCAGGAGGCCAUUUAAAUCCAGCGGUUUCCUUGGCGAUGGUUCUGCUGGGUAAGCUGAAGUUCUAUAAGUUCCCUGUCUACGUUCUGGCCCAGUUCAUCGGAGCCUUCGCUGGCGCUGCCGCAGUCUUCGGCCUCUACUACGAUGCCUUCAUGGACUUCACGAGUGGCAUCCUGUCGGUGACGGGCAUCAACGCCACGGCGCACAUCUUCGCCUCGUACCCAGGACGACACCUGUCCAUCCUCAACGGCAUCAUCGAUCAGGUGGUGGGGACGGGCAUGCUGGUGCUGUGCAUCUUGGCGAUCACGGACGGGAAGAACCUCGGGGCUCCGCGGGGGGUGGAGCCUCUGGCGGUGGGCCUGGCGCUGCUGGCCAUCAGCGUGUCCAUGGGCCUCAACUGCGGCUACCCCAUCAACCCCGCCCGCGACCUGGGCCCACGCCUCUUCACCUUCCUCACCGGCUGGGGCUGGGAGGUGUUCAGCACUGCAAAUUACUGGUGGUGGAUCCCGGUGGCAGGGCCAAUGGGAGGGGGUGUGGUCGGCGCCAUCAUCUACUUCCUGUUUAUCAAGAUGCACCACUCCCACACUGAGAAACCUCACGAGGAGCAGGAGGAAGAGGAGGAGGAGGAAGAGGAUGAUAACAGCCUGAAGGACAAGGACCAGCUCUUUUCUCAGACUGUCAAUGAGAGGCCAUUUGAAUCAGACUUUGAUGGAGUUUUCAGCAAAAAUUAUGACCUUUACGAUAACCUGGCGGACAAAUGUUAGCCGGCUCGUUGAGUCGCUUCUCCAACAUCACUGACAGCCAUUCGAUAAGAUGACCGGAAUAUAACACAACUGAGUGCUCGAUGCUAACGCUAACAUCAGUGGGUGUGGAGUGCUUGAAGCUAACGCUAACAUCAGUGGGUGUGGAGUGCUUGAAGCUAACGCUAACAUCAGUGGGUGUGGAGUGCUCGAUGCUAACGCUAGCAUCAGUGGGUGUGGAGUGCUCGAUGCUAACGCUAACAUCAGUGGGUGUGGAGUGCUCGAUGCUAACGCUAGCAUCAGUGGGUGUAGGCACAUCAGCUGCUCUUCUCACUGCAGUUAUAAAUUUGUAUUCUUUCCAAAGAACACCAUGUAACACAAGUCAUGUGUAUUUCCAAUGGCCCCAUUGAAGCCAGUUUGCUGACUCAGCAAAAUGGCGCGUCACUGAAUCUUGUAUGUGAGCUCAUAGAGGAGAACAUGGCCCCUGAGUCACCUGCCCGCUGUGUGUGUAUUUGGCUUUGAUGUUAUUGUCACGGUGACUGUGUGUCACCAUGACGACUAGACACACCCACAGGGCAUCUCGGCCAUGCCCCCUUCCUCAUCUCUUAUAAAUACAAACCUAACUGGACUCUUGUGUGAUUAUUCUGUCUGCUGACUGUUAACGUUUCGACUGUUUCAUAUUCAUGUUACAUUUUGACUGUUUCAUAUUCAUGUUAUGUUGUAUCUACGCCUCUUGUUUUAUUUAGUUGUUCGUAAUUGUAUUUAUAU